CACUACAAUUGUAAGGAAGUGGUAGUUUUUGUUAAGCAGUAAAUUAAAGAAUAUAAUAUAAGAUAAAGGAAUAACUUAAGCUUAUUUAUUCAAAAGCAAUUACAUACAAAAAAUGGUUUGUGCACUUGGCAUCGAGGGGAGUGCGAAUAAAAUUGGUGUAGGCAUAAUUCGCGAUGGAGAAGUUUUAGCUAAUGUGCGCCGAACCUACGUGACUCCUCCAGGCGAAGGAUUUCUGCCCAAAGAAACAGCAGCACACCAUAGAGAGGUUAUUCUCAAGCUCAUUAAAGAUGCGCUCAAAGAAGCAAAUCUUGGACAUACAGAGUUAGAUGUUAUUUGCUAUACAAAGGGUCCCGGCAUGGCGCCUCCACUAUUGAUCGGUGCUAUAGUAGCGCGAACACUUUCCUUAUUGUGGGAGAAGCCACUUUUGGGUGUCAACCAUUGUAUUGGUCAUAUAGAAAUGGGCCGUCUAAUAACCGGCGCGCAAAAUCCCAUUGUGCUCUAUGUGAGUGGUGGUAAUACGCAAGUGAUUGCCUAUUCCAAUAAACGUUAUCGCAUUUUUGGUGAAACGAUAGAUAUUGCCGUGGGAAAUUGCCUGGACCGAUUUGCACGUAUUAUCAAACUCUCCAAUGAUCCCAGCCCAGGUUAUAACAUUGAGCAACUAGCGAAGAAUGGGAAAAACUUUAUAAAACUUCCAUACGUUGUUAAAGGUAUGGAUGUUAGCUUUUCCGGCAUUCUUUCGCACAUAGAAGAAAUAGCGAAUCCUAACAAAAGGCGCAAUAAACGCAAAAAGACCGAUGAAACAGUCAAUGAACCAGAAUAUACCAACGAGGAUCUAUGCUAUUCAUUGCAAGAGACAAUAUUCGCAAUGCUGGUGGAAAUUACGGAACGUGCAAUGGCGCAUUGUGAAUCGAAUGAGGUGCUGAUUGUGGGUGGCGUUGGCUGCAAUGAACGCCUGCAAGAAAUGAUGCGAAUCAUGUGUGAGGAACGGGACGGCAAGCUAUUCGCUACAGACGAGCGGUAUUGUAUUGAUAAUGGUUUGAUGAUUGCACAUGCAGGGGCCGAAAUGUUUCGUUCUGGUGCACGCAUGCCUUUGGAAGAAUCGUUUGUAACGCAACGCUAUCGCACAGACGAAGUGCUGAUUACCUGGCGCGAUGAUUAACGGAACAGUUCAAAUAACAGCAAUGAAAGAGAAUUUGUAUAAUUUUGUUAAGCCUGCUU